AAAAUCGAAACAUCGCACUGACAGUUUUAAUUAUAAACGUGUCAAAUUCAAAAAUAAUUUAUGAAUAUGACGAUUACUUCAAAGUUACCACAAUUUUAUAAAUUAUCUAAGCAUUUACAGUUUAUUAGAACUGAAUCAACACAAAAAAAUGAAUGUGGAACGAAUGUUCCUGAUAAGCGGACUUCAGUACCGAGAAACAUGAGUCCGAAAUAUGAGCAAGGAGAAUGGAGACCCUAUUCUCCUUUCCAAGACACGAAAAACAUUGCUGAAUGGACUUUAGCAAGAAUGGACGAUCUUAUGAAUUGGGGACGUAGUAGAUCAUUGUGGCCUAUGACUUUUGGAUUGGCUUGCUGUGCCGUGGAGAUGAUGCAGAUCGCCGCGCCUAGAUAUGACAUGGAUAGAUAUGGUAUUGUGUUUAGAGCGUCUCCACGUCAAACAGAUGUGAUUAUCGUUGCUGGCACGUUAACUAACAAGAUGGCGACUGCCUUUAGGAGAAUAUAUGAUCAAAUGCCUGAACCGAAAUGGGUUGUAUCAAUGGGUAGUUGCGCUAAUGGUGGAGGAUAUUAUCAUUACUCAUAUUCCGUUGUUCGAGGUUGUGAUAGAAUAGUUCCAGUAGAUAUCUAUGUACCUGGUUGUCCACCAACAGCUGAAGCGUUGAUGUAUGGAUUAUUGAUGCUACAACGGAAAGCUAAAAGAGUAAAUGCUGUUCAGAGUUGGUACAGAAAAAAUAUAAGCAGAGAAUUCCAGAAAGGAAAAUCUGUUGGAAUUGAAAAGACUAAAAAAAAAUGAUGGAUAAGAUGGAUUUGAUAAUUGUGAAUGUAUUUGGCUGUUAUUUGAUUAUAAUGAAGCUACAAUCAUUCAUGUGUAUGUGAAUAUAAACAAAUAUUUAUUAAAGAUACUUAAACUAGAA